AUGCGUAGACAUAGUCCCGGGAUGCGUAGACAUAGUCCCAGGAUGCGUAGACAUAGUCCCAGGAUGCGUAGACAUAGUCCCAGGAUGCGUAGACAUAGUCCCGGGAUGCGUAGACAUAGUCCCAGGAUGCGUAGACAUAGUCCCAGGAUGCGUAGAGAUAGUCCCUGGAUGCGUAGACAUAGUCCCGGGAUGGGUAGAGAUAGUCCCAGGAUGCGUAGAGAUAGUCCCGGGAUGCGUAGAGAUAGUCCCAGGAUGCGUAGACAUAGUCCCGGGAUGCGUAGACAUAGUCCCAGGAUGCGUAGACAUAGUCCCAGGAUGCGUAGACAUAGUCCCAGGAUGCGUAGACAUAGUCCCAGGAUGCGUAGACAUAGUCCCAGGAUGCGUAGACAUAGUCCCAGGAUGCGUAGACAUAGUCCCAGGAUGCGUAGAGAUAGUCCCUGGAUGCGUAGACAUAGUCCCGGGAUGGGUAGAGAUAGUCCCAGGAUGCGUAGACAUAGUCCCGGGAUGGGUAGAGAUAGUCCCAGGAUGCGUAGACAUAGUCCCGGGAUGGGUAGAGAUAGUCCCAGGAUGCGUAGAGAUAGUCCCGGGAUGGGUAGAGAUAGUCCCGGGAUGCGUAGAGAUAGUCCCGGGAUGGGUAGAGAUAGUCCCAGGAUGCGUAGAGAUAGUCCCGGGAUGGGUAGAGAUAGUCCCGGGAUGGGUAGAGAUAGUCCCUGGAUGCGUAGAGAUAGUCCCGGGAUGGGUAGAGAUAGUCCCGGGAUGCGUAGAGAUAGUCCCGGGUUGCGUAGAGAUGGAGAUAGUCCCUUGGCUAUAUAUAGUGAUAGAAACCGAGGUACAUAUAGACAGUUCCCUGGGUGCAUGACGACAGCUCUGGGGUACAUAUGUAAGACUCGCCCGAAGGUAUAUAAGGGAUGCUAG